AUGAAGACCAACUAUUCGAUCACCAGUCUCAAGCGCUGGUCCUGCAAGUCGAAAGAGAUCCCUGGCAUACCUCAGGUCAAGAGCAUUCACGUCUACGACUUCGACAAUACUCUCUUCAGUAGUCCCCUCCCUAGCCAGCAGAUAUGGGCAGGUCAAACGAUCGGCUUCCUCCAAACCUAUGAAGCAAUGGCGUAUGGAGGCUGGUGGCAUGACUCCAGUAUCUUGAUGGCUACCGGUCAAGGCAUCGAAAAAGAAGAACCUAGGGCUUGGGAAGGCUCAUGGAAUGAGACUGUUGUUGACCUGGUCCGCUGCAGCGUGGAAACAAAGGACGCCUUGACAGUCCUGCUCACAGGCCGGGGCGAGACCAAUUAUGCAGACCUCAUCAAUCGCAUCCUCACCUCAAAAGAGCUCGACUUCGAUCUUGUUGCACUCAAACCCGAGGUUGGCCCAUCUGGUGUAUAUUUCGAGUCCACCAUGGCGUUCAAGCAAGCCUUCUUGCAGGAUCUUGUUCUCACUUACAAACAUGCCGAAGAAAUUCGCAUCUAUGAAGACCGUCCGAGGCAUGUCAAAGGCUUCCGCGAUUAUUUCGAGAAACUCAACAAGUCAUUCUUGUCACAUCCAGCCGAUCAGCCAGCCCCACCGCGAAAGCCUAUCACUGCUGAAGUGAUUCAUGUCUGCGAGCUCAAGUCAUCACUGGAGCCCCAAGCGGAGAUUGAAGCAGUGCAGAAGGCAAUCGCACGACACAAUCAAUCUGUUCUCAACGGAGGCCCCAAUCCGCACAAGGCCGUGAACAAGCCCCUCAAGAUCGUCGAGAAUUACCUUUACCUAGGUCAUCUGAUCAAUCAGAAUGACUCUGCUCGUCUGAUCUCACUAUGCAACGUACCAUCACACCUCAUCGACUCUGGAGAGGUUCGGUUCAUGGCAUCAAACAUUCUUAUUGCUCCGUCCUACGCUCGGAAAGAUGUUGUUCAGAAAGCAGGUGGUCGUGGCAAGAAAGUCAUGUGGCAAGUCAAUGGCGUCGCCAAGUACGAGGACCGUAUCUGGGCGGCCCGUGUUACACCGAUAUCUGAGGCGCAGGUCUACACCAAAGACCCCACCCCAACCGUCGUCUUGGCCAUAAGAAAAGGCUCACGACCAAUCGAUGCCAGCAAAAUCACCAAUUGGCAACCUGUCAGCGCCGAGAAAGCCUUCAUGUUCCAGACCGAGAUCGGCGACAAAGUCAUGCUCGAGAUCCAGCAAGAUGAAGGUCAUCCCCAAGCCCAAGCCCGUGGUCGAGGUCGCGACAAUCAGAACAAGCGCAAGUUCAAUGAUGACACUGAUGUCAAAGAGAACUGGCCGAAGCCAGGGGAGCCGAACAAUCGUCCAGGUGAUCGUCACGGCCAAGGUCGAUAUUUCAACCGCUCAAAGGCCAAUUUCAACAACGCCAACAACCCCAACGCUGCUGGCAAUCCCGGCAAGCAAUUGCAAGGCAACAACUUCGCCAAGGGCAACAACCAACAAGGGCGCAACCAUGGCGGCAACGCUCGAGGUGGCGGUAAGAACCGCGGUAGUGGGAACCGUGGUCCUGCUUAUAAAAGUCUUGACGACUACGGCCCCAAUAACUUUGAUGGGCCAAGCGAUCCGAAAGGCCAGGCGCCUGGUGCUAUGGUCAUGGACUAUUGA